UUUUUUUAAUAAUAAUCAUUACGUCUGAACGAAAUAUGUUGACUUCACAUUCAGUAAACAACACGGAUAUAGUUCGGCGUACGUGCAAUCUAGUACGGUGGGCUUUGAAUGGGGACGGGGGAAUGUACUUACACAAAUAAUAAUAACGUAGGUUGGGAUUGUUUUAUCUUGUAAAUUCCGUCAAACAAAACAACUGUUUUAGGGGUUUACUGUAAGUUUUAUCUCUCAUCCGCCAAGGUACGUCGGUUGUUCAAAUAGUUGGUGAUCUUGGAAAUUACAAAAAGAUGAUUUCUUACCAUUUUAUGCUAUAAGAUCAAAUCUUUAUAGACUUGGCAGUGAAAUGUUUGGGGUUCUUAUGCUACAAUUUGUGCCCUCUGGGCUGAUGGACAUUCAUUUAGCAUACGAGUAGAUUACACACAUCUUGUUAAUUCACUGUUCGUUGCUCAUUGAGCCAUGUGUGUAGAAGAACUGGAUUGCUGCUUGUAAAUUUAGGCACCCAACAAAUAAUACUUUAAUAGCACGGUGUUGGAUUUCUCAUCUUGUACAUGAAAUGUUGACGCAAGAGACUCUUGUGACUGUAUCCAGUAUAGAAUUAUUAGAAUUAGUUGAAAACAACAACAACAACAACAACCAACACAAUUGUAAUUAUCUAUCAUCUAUCUGUUAUUUUAUUUUACGUACCAAUGUAAAAGUCCACGUAUGUUUAAAAUUGCUGAUGCCAGCAUUUUUAAAAGUAUAUUUUACACCGAAAAACUAAUGUAUAACAAUGAUUGCAAAUAGUUUAAAUUGGCAUAAUUGACAUGUUUUCGUUAUUUAUAUCUUACAGACAAAGAACAGAGUACCAACAACCUGGUGUUCCAAAAGUGCCUGGAGCGGAAGUGACGUCAAUUCCGGCAGACGGCAACUUGAGCGGAUUUAACGUUGAUCAGAUGGUGACAAUAUUUCGUCUGCUGCGCAUACCGGAAGAUAUAGUGUACAGAUUCAGUAAAUGUAACGUAGAUGGCAAGAGAUUUGCAGUGUUCACUGACUCAGAAAUGACUGACCUUGGUAUAAACAAUCCAAUAAUCCGUUACUUUAGAGACAGAACGGCUAAAACGCAAAAACGGAAGUCUGGUAAAUUCAUGUUAUAAAAACAAGGGAGGUUACUUAGUCAAAAUCAGAUUUCUACAGUGUUGCGGGAAAAAAGAUGUUGAAAUUGCUCCUUAGAGCACCAGUUUAUUCUUCUUCUUUCAGACCAACUUUUUUGUACGGUAUUUCAUUUCAUAUAUGUUCAUUUUAUAUAUCAACGAAGUUAUUUUCGUUUUCACUGAUAUCCCUCAUGGAAAAACAAAGACUUACUUCAAUGCAAUUUGUUGCUUGCUUUCAAAUCUAUAUUUUCCCCAAGCUGAAAUUUGCAGGUCUGUGGUCGACUAAUACCUGAAAUGAAGAUAACCUAUGUCAUGUAUAUAUUCACGUUUAAAUUAAUUUCAAGGGUCAGUAUUAUAUACGCACAUGUGUAAUAAAAUAUUUAUGAUUUAAACGCUUCUUGUGAGAUAUAUGUGUUGUUUUGUGACAAAAGGGAGACAACUGUAAUGUAUGU